AUGGCACGAUCUUCCCCAGGAAUCAUAGGGACUUUGGCCACAGGGCCUGGGAAGGUGAAGGAGGAAGACUUGAGGCAGACAGCCCCACAUGCUGCUGCUGGCCUGCUCAGUUCAGAAGAGGACUGGAGACACCCACUGAGCGCUAACUGUGUGGGACCAUUCCUCAUCAGGAGCAGCAACAGUGACCGUUCUUGCCUUGGCCCUUCCCCACUAUACUUGGGCUGCAUGACAUUCCCCUGGGAGUUAAGUGACAGGCACGCAGACCAAGCAUCUCACCACUCCUGCUACUCACCCUCCUGUAUCAUGACCCAUGGUCCAGCAGCCUGUCCUACACCUCUGUCCCUGUCAGGGCACACAAGUAAACUGUGGUUUAAGUGGCAAAAUAAAAACAUUUGCACCAAGAAUUGUGUGAGUCUUGAUACUCCGGAGCCGGGGGGUGAGGGCUGGGCUCAUUGCGAGGAAGGCUGGUGUUCCCAGGAAGAAGAAAAUAGGGCUGACUUUGCUUUCUCACCACCAUCCUGUAGAGCCCGUGCCGAAGCUUCCUUUUCCAGAGGCUGUCAGAUGCGGAGAUGGAAGCAUCUCUGCAGCAGUCCUGAGCCACAGGAGGGGACAGGGAUUUUGGCUAUUACAGUCAAGCUGUACAGGGCGGGCAGCGAGCCUGCAGUCACAGUAAUGGGUGCCAGUUCCUCAGCUGGCUUCUUCAUCCCCAUGGGCCAACCAUCCUGA